UUCAGUUUAUUUUCAGAUUUGUUCUCUAGAUAUCAAAAGAAUAGUUUAUUUUAAAAUGAAUCAAUGAAAGUACCAGAUAACCCUUAGUAAAAUUGAAAAGGUCUUAAUUUUGCCUCUUGUAGGUGAAUAAGUAAUUGGCAGUGUCAUUUCAAGUUUUUAUCUGCAUUUUUGUGAAGGGUGAGGUUACCUUGGUACAUGUGAACCAUCUUCCACACUAGGAGACAUUUCAUUGUGAAGUAGCUUCCAUAGUCACCAAACAACAAAAAGACUCACUGUUAAUUUAGCAGCACCAUUCUUUUUGCACCUUUUUGAUAAAUCCCCUUCUCGGGAAGGAAUUCACCACUUAAGCCACUGCUUUGGUCUUUAUGAAUUCUUAGUACUGAUGUUCUGGAAGAUGACCCUUAUUUUUACUUUGGUUUGUUGGCUAAGACUUCAGGAACUUGAGGAAAUGGGAGUAAGCGGACUCUUUUGAAUUUGCUGCCACAUAAGAGAAAUAGAAGAGAAUGACCAUGGUUUCUCAUGGAGCUGAAAGGCGGGCUGCCAUGUCAAUUGAACCAAUUCACAGGAUGCAUCACCAACAGUAUCAAAAUCUGUUAAAGAAGAUGUGCAUGCCAUUUAUGAAAGGUCCUGAGAACAGACAUGACUUUGCCAGCUUUGAAGAGAAAGACAGCAAUUCUUUCCUUAAAUUCCAUCCAGACACCCCUCCGUUUGGGCCGAAUUACCCCUUAUUCCCACACCGAGAUGAUGUGCCUUUAGUAGAUCCCUGCUCAGGCUUUGUAAGCGCAGGAGGGGAUGCUGAGCUGCAGCCUGGUGUUGGAAAAGUUAUUGAAUCCCUGGUGGACUACAGUGAUGUGAAACCUCACCAGCGGGUGCCCACAGCAGGAAAGGGGAUACGGACUGCUCACAGGAGGCAUAUGAUCCUCCAAGAGGAAACCAGCCAGGACCGACGGUGGAAUUCCAGGGCUGUGCCAGCUGCUUUGAUCAGAGAAAAACUCAGAGGUCACCCAACUCCAGCGAAAGGUUUUCGUGCUUUACCUGACCAACACCAUAAUUUUGCAUUUUAUACAGAUCUCCAUCUCAAGGAAUCAAAUGAUCCUUCUGCAAGUUGGAGAGAAGAAAAAGCGAGGGACUAUUUCUACAAAUCAAGUACUCAAAAGGCAUAUGAAGACGUUCCAUGGGAUAAGAUAUUGCCAUCCAAAAUUCAGCCUCCUGAAUCAACAGUGGAAGUGAUGGCUGAUCCUGUUUCCCAAUGUUUCACAAAAAGGAAAUACAAUCCUGAACCUGAAAUAAGCCAAGUUGUUGGAAACCUUUGGGAUAGAUUUCAAAGAAGAUAUUUUACCUCUUCACAGAGACCUGUUAGUUUUGUAAGCCGAAGCUCUCGAAUCUGUCAAAUCCCUUUGUAUACUGGCUGUGUUGGUGCAGUAAAUUUUGAAGACAUUGACAAUCCCAGUGUGGACUUAAUCAUGUUUAACCAUGUGCAAACUUCAAAGCCUCGCUACACAAGGACUACACACACUCCAAAUAUCCCUGGAUAUACUGGCAAGGUUCAUUGGUUAGCAACUCAUCCGGCAAAUUCUAAUCUUCCAUCAGCAUCACCAUCAAUAAUUUCACAAAUGCAUGGAUAUAUAGCAAAACAUGGAAGAUCAUCUCAGUAUAAUCACCAGGGACCUUUUUCUCAGAUGAUAACUCCAGUUAGUCCUCAGAAUCCUUUCAACAAGAUUCAGCGAGAAACUACUACAGUUUAAAAAGGGUCAGUCAUUUUUACCUGCCUAACUAAGCCUUAGUGUCUGAUAGCAAGGACAAAGGAAACGUGUUGCUAUUUUAAAUAAAGAACAAAAAUAACAUACAAAUGGGUGUUUGUGGU